GCAUUCGUGAUGACCACGUCCGAGAACAUUCAUUGUCGCUAAACGAUUUCACGUUGCAGAAAGUGGUCGACACUAUCAAAGGCGUGGAACAAACACAACAACAAGUCAAACACGCUAAGGAGAACACAACAAAUUUUGUAAACACGCUAAGGAGAACACAACAGGAAGACGUCGGGAUUGAAA